AGUUCUUCGAGUUUGAAUUGUUGACAUCGUUGACAUCUGUCUAAUUUUGAGUUUAAAACAGAAAAAAUGGAAGAUAAACGAUUUGCACACAUCGCAACCGAUCCAAAAUUCAAAAACAUUCGUAAAAGCGACAAAAAAGUUAAAAUAGAUAAACGUUUCCAGUCUAUGUUUAAAGAUAAACAAUUCAAAGUGAAUUAUACCGUUGAUAAACGUGGAAGAACUGUUAAUAAAUCAUCUAACACCGAUUUAAGAAGAUACUAUCAUAUAUCUUCAGGAGAAAGUGAUUCAGAAUCGGAAUCACUCGAUGAUUCUCCAUCUGAAAACGAAGAUUUAAACUUAAAAGAAGAUGGGGAUAAAGAAGUUACAAAAAGCGUUAAGCAAAAAUUAAAAGAUUUAAGUGUUGAUUAUGCACGAGGCGAAUCCACACUUUUAUCAGAAAGUUCUUCAGAUGAUGAAGAAAGUGAUAGCGAGAUAUCAGAUACAGAUGAUAAAAUAGAACAUAAAUGGGGUGAAUUAGAUGCUGAUGCUGAAAGAACUGAUGAUUCAACAUACAGAUUGGCUGCUUGUAACAUGGAUUGGGAUAGAAUAAGAGCCGUGGAUAUAAUGGUUUUAUUAAACUCUUUUGUUCCACAAGGUGGGCUCAUUAAAAACGUUAGCAUUUAUCCAUCCGAAUUUGGAAAAGAAAGAAUGAAAGAGGAAGACCUUAAAGGACCAAUAGAACUUGUUGAAAACCAAGAAAACGAUGAAAACAAGGAUGAAAACGAAGAAGGCUCAAAAUACCAUAUGGAAAAGCUAAGACAAUAUCAAUUAAACAGAUUAAAAUAUUAUUAUGCUGUGAUUGUUUGUGAUUCUGUGAAUACAGCAAGCAAAAUUUAUAGUGAGUGUGAUGGAAUGGAAUAUGAAUCGAGUGCAACUAAAAUUGAUUUAAGAUUUAUUCCUGAUGAUAUGGAAUUUGAUGAUGAGCCAAAAGAAAUUUGUGAAAAAUUACCAGAUAUGGUUAAAUAUCAACCUAGAUUUUUCACUACAACAGCUUUACAACAAGCUAAAGUUGAUUUAACUUGGGAUGAAACUAAUCCUGAUCGAAUUGAGAUCACACAAAAGCUUGCUAAAGGAAAAUUAGAUGAAAUUGCUCAAGAGGAUCUUCAAAAUUAUUUAGCAUCAAGCAGUGAAGAUGAAGAAAAUAACGAAAAUGAUGAUUCACAAAGUGAUGAUGAUGAUGAUGAUGAAAAAGAAGAAAAUAAUGAUCCAAUUGAUAAAUACAGAGCUUUAUUAAGUGAAAUUGAAAACAAAGAGAAAGAAAAAGAUAAAAACGACGUUCAAAUGGAAAUAACUUGGGGUAUUGAUUUGGAGGAGAAAACAGAAAAAAUGGCUAAAAAGAAAUUGGAAGAAAAAACGGAAAAAACACCGUUUCAAAAAUAUUUAGAUAAACGAAAAGAAAAACGCAAAGAAAAGAAACAACGUAAUAAAAUUGAUUCAAAUGAAGAUAAUUCAAAUUUAGAAAGUGAUGAUGAUAUUCCCUCAGAUAUUGACAUGAAUGAUCCUUAUUUUGCCAAAGAAUUUGAUAAACCUGAAUUCAAAAAGAAAUCACAAAAAAAAUCAAAAGCAAAUCGAAAUGACGAAGUUAAACAAAACAAAGGUGAUUUAGAAUUGUUAUUAAUGGACGAAGAUGACACAAAAAAGCAUUUUAAUUUUAAAAACAUUCAAGAUAACGAAAACGAAUCAAAAAGUAAAAAGAAACGCAAUAAGAAGAAAAACGAACAAGUUACUAAAUCCGAUGAUUUUGAAAUUAACGUUGAGGACGAACGAUUUUCGGCUCUUUAUACAAGUCAUCAUUUUAAUAUUGAUCCUUCAGAUCCGCAUUAUAAGAAAACGAAAGGGAUGGAAAAGAUUAUAAGUGAGAAGUUAAAACGAAGGCAAGAAGAAGAUGGCGAUGAUGAUGAUAGGAAAAAGGCGAAAGUUGAAGUUAAGAAGAAAAAUGCUGAGUUAAAUGUUUUAAUAAAAUCUGUUAAAAGAAAAACGGAAGCUUUGAAAAAUAAAAAAAAUAAAUAGAUGUAAUUUA